AUGUUGCUGGAGAUGUCCCAGCCUUAUUGUUGACGUCUAACACUCCAUAGGCUCUGAACAACUCCUCUGCGCUACAGAUCCACGCGAUAUUCGAAGAAGAAACCUAAGCAGACACGGAGUCCAUAUGAGAUAUUAGGGGUUUCAAAGGAUAUCUCAGCUUCAGACUUGAAACUAAAAUUCUUACAAAAAGCUAAGCAGUACCAUCCUGAUGUGAAUCCUUCACCAAAUGCUCAUGAUGAAUUUCAGAAGAUUACCAAGGCUUAUGAGGAACUUUCUGAGAAGAUCAAACAACAAGAGAUUUAUAACAAAAGCUGGAAGAGGUACUUUGACAUAGUCCAAUCGAAUCUUAAAAGCCGUGUUGAUCAACUGCGGAGAUCAAGUAAGUAUAGUCCCAUCAUUAACUUGGAUUGGGGAUUUCGCUUAACAACUAACUUUAUCAAGGAGAACCUCCUUCUGAAGAAGAGCGCGCCCAAAAAGAGACAAGCCAUUGACUAUGUCCCAACCCCUUUCUAUUUUCGGCCAAUAGUGCGAAACUACAUGAAGAGAUACCUUGAGUACCUAAGAGAUUACGACUUUGAUAUUGAGAAAGACACCACUGGAAGUAACCUCACUUGCUUGUUUAAAGUGCCAUUCGAGACUGCCCUCAAUGGAGAAUAUCAUAGAGCUGGAACCGAGAGACUUGUAAGGUGAACAGAGUGCAAAGGCAGUGGGCACACUAAAGUUACAGCAGAGUAUGAUGAAUGAUUACAAUGACAUGGCACAGGAAAGUUUGAAUACUAUUUUGAGGAGGAAUUACUGAAAACCACUCAAUGACCACAAUGCAAUGGAUUUAAGAAAAGGUUCAAAAGUCCUUGCCCGAAUUGAUCAGGGUUUGGCAUAGUUCGAAUCAAUGAUAUUCUGUCCUUUUACGUUCCUCCUCUCACUAAGAACGGUGAUAUUGUGAAACUUCCUAAGAAGGGGCAUGUUGGCAGAGAUAAUACGGUCGGAGACGCUAUUAUACAGAUAAUGGUCGAUCCUCAUCCUGUGUAUGAGUACGGUUGGGAAAAUGACUUUAACAAGUCCAAACCUCCUGACUUUGUCAAGCAGACAGUUGAUCUUGACCUCAAGACAGCAAUGCUUGGUGGUAGUUUGAAGAUAAACACAUUUUUCGGCGAAACGGAGCUCAACUUAAAAUCUCAAGACCCUGCUGGAGCUCCUUUUGGAUGUAUAAAUCAUGGAGAAACUUUUGUGGUAACUCAUGAUAAAGGCAAUUCCUCAACUGGGAAUUUGGAUUUAUUCAGAGGAAGUUUAACAGAGUAUAAAAAGCAACUUCGCUCUUCACCAAGGAAGUUCGGCCAUUUCAACAGCAAUGAUAGAAGAACAAAGAGCCUGCCACUGGUUUUGACAAUUAAUUUGAAGAUUCCUAAAGUCAUUGAUCAGGAGCUCCAGCAAGUGCUUGAGCAGAAUAUGGGAUCCCAGCAGAUCAUUUAA